AUGUGGAUUCUAAGCCUUGGCGAUGCGCAGCGUGACACCGGCUUCCGCCAGGAAAACGGCCCAGUCCUGCUUCCCAUGCACAAGGAUUGCUCUGCCAGGUUUGAUGUGCUGCAAAGCAUGGCAGAGGAGGCCUUGCUUCUGCCAUUGAAGGCCGAAACGGAAGACAACGGGUCGUUUCAGCAACACAUGUUGCUAGGUAUUAUCAUCUCUCGGCUUGGCGAUGGCAGGUAUGUCCGCCAGGGUAGCUUCAGAGUGUAGACGAAGACUCUAGAUGA